CUAACAUACUCCACACAGCUACAGCAGAGACGGAGUGCUUGAGGUGUCAGGGCGUCCAGCAGUGUUACAAGCCAUGUCGACUACGACCGCGCUGGUCCAGCGAGCUGCUUCUACCGUGAAGAACGUCGCGACGACUGCCACGCCGACAUCUUCGUCUCGAGACCUCGCUAGAUCGGACGACACCACGAGCAAGCCGACAUUGUCGUCGUCGCUAGCGACAGCGACAUCGGUCCUCCCAGCGCUCAACCUCACUCCACUCAAGAGCAUCACCACACCACAGAAGCCGAGCACACCACAGCAGCAACCCACGCCUGCAGCCCCAACUCCUGGGCAAUGGCAACAUCCGCGCAUGCAGGAAAUCAUCCGCCGACAGAAUGCGACAAGGUUCGAUAGCAGCAAUCUCCGUGUCAUUGGCAUGAACGCAGCUUUCCUCGUUGCAAGCGUGCUUGUACCGCUCUUCGGCGCCAAAACCCUGCCGAGCUCUUGGAUUCGCGCAAUCGAGCCUUAUGCAUUAUACGCGCUGAAUCUUCUCCGCGCUUUCUUCAUCCUCAACGUCUCCUUAGCCGUGCUACCAGCCUUCCGGCAGUUGGACAGCUGCGAAGACGUCCCACUCACACCCUCCCAACGUCGGCUUCUCGGUCUGCCACCUAUGUCGAGACCAGCCACACCGCAAGAACAGCAGCAAUAUGCCACGCCGCCGCGCUACUCCCGCUCAGCAACUCCGCAGAGCGCGACCACCAGUCUGCGCGGUAACGCCUCCGACUCACCACUCGGCGGACGAGGUAGUCCGUUUGAUAGCUCGCAGCUCCGACAAGGUGUCUCUGGGUCACCUCGGCCAUCACCUUUAGGGUCGAGUCUGCGGAGUGGAGAGCGUGAUGAGAGUCGGCGUCUUAGCUAUAACCGCAGCUCACCUCUAAGCACGCCGGAGUUUGACGCCGUAGGCAACGUCAGCACGCCAACGAAGAACAGUAAAGCAAGUGUGCCGCUCAAUAGCAAGUGGCUGUACGACAAGGGCAGGGCAAGCUCACGAGCAAGCCUGAACGGGCUUGGUGCCUUUGGCGGUAGCGGAAGCAUUUUCACUUAAGCUCCAUUCACUACGUCAGCAAUUGAAGACAUGUUCAAGCGUGGCGUUGGAGGCAGUCCGUCCGCAUGUGCAGCGGCGGCGUGUUGCAGUGCACUUUGGUUGCAGCGUUCAUCGUACUGAUGCAAGACUAGGCAGUUGACAGAAGCAAACCACCUAACAGUCACUACUUAGCUUUCUUUGGCGACUGGAAAGCUUCAGUCCCUCUUUGAUUUCAUUGCAUGAUCGUGCUUGCUACUGAUGCACCAUUGCUAAGCCACCGCUGGCCCGAUUCAUGUCUCUCCUAGCAGCAA